UCACAAAGAAGAGAGAGAAAAUGGCGAAGCAGAAGUCUUGCCCUUUUUGGUCGUCGCAUGUAUUGUAGUCUUCUGCUAGUUCUUGUCUUGAACUCCCCCAGUGGGAAACCCGGACGAAAAUUCAAGGAAAGCAAAAUUUGAUGAUGAAAAUUGUCAGCUUACCGUAUUUGACCCGCCAAUCAACAGUGAUAGAUUUCAACCAUUUUUUAUUUCCUCUCCACUUUCACACUAUCAUAAUCCCAGUCGUCUCCAUUUAACAACGAAGAUCCAAUCCUUAAACUUCGGGAAAACGGCAGCCUUAGAAGACAUGAAUUUUCGUAUUCUUUGAAGCUGGAAUUAGGUUUGAAAUUCUGGGUUUUCUUAAUUAGUGAAGCAGUUUUGAUUACUUGAUGAUUUUUGUGGUGUUCGAGGUCGGUAAUUUCCUGUUAAAUUUGUGUGUUUUUUGGUUGCGAUUGUGAAUUGUGCUAGCUCGGUUGAAGAAUUGAAGUUUCUUUCUGUUUAAUGUUUUGAUUUUCGGCUCUUGUUGAAUUUGUUUCUCCUAAGGUUUUCUUAAUUGUUGAAGCAUGGUGGUUUGAGUAAGUAUAAUUGAUUAAUGAAUUCCUGCCCCUUUCUCUUUUUUCUUUUUCAGUUAUCAAUUGGUUGCUUUUGCUUACAUUCAUAAUCCCAACUCCCAAGCCAUAAGCACUUAAAUUGAUAUACAUGUAAAGUAAUGAGUAUUUGUUAGUUCGACCUGGGUUUUCUCUUUGAUCGAUAAGUGUGGUUUAUCCAAUCAUAUGAUGAAGCUGUUCGUCUCCCAAAAAUCUUGAAUCGGUGUAUGUUCUCGUUCCUCGUUUCUGAUGGCUGUUGUAUCAAUGAGAAUCUUAUUAGGCUCUGGAGCCCCCUCAGCUUUCAUCAGAAUUUUUGUUUGGUUGCUCCUAACUGAAUCAUUUGGCUUGUUUGCUCAAAAUGAUGUUGACUGCCUCAGAGCAAUCAAAAGUUCCUUGGAAGACCCGUUGGGCAACUUAGGCUCAUGGGAUUUUAGCAACAACAGUCGAACAUCUAUCUGUAAGUUUACUGGGAUCGAAUGCUGGCACGAGGAUGACAACAAGAUAUUGAAUAUCAGAUUGCCAGACAUGGGCCUUAAGGGUGAUUUUCCUCAAGGUAUUGCCGGUUGCAAGGCCCUGACGGGCCUAGAUCUUUCCAGAAACAGUAUCAGAGGAAGCAUCCCAAAUGAUAUCUCAAAGCUAAUUGGUUUUGUCACUAGCCUUGAUCUUUCGUCAAACCAGUUGUCCGGAGAGAUUCCUGUGAAUCUUGGGAAUUGCUCGUUCCUAAACAUCCUGAGACUCGACAGCAACCAGUUGACUGGUCAAAUCCCUCUUGAGCUCGGUGCACUCAGCCGGCUCAAGACAUUUAGCGUGGCAAAUAAUCGAUUGAGCGGACAAGUUCCCACAUUUGCAAAUGCUUCUAUCCCAGCAGAAAACUACGCAAAUAAUCCUGGGCUAUGUGGUGGUCCUUUGCCUCGUUGUAGUGGCAAGUCGAAGGCUAACCAUACUCCUAUCAUUAUUGCGGCGGCCGUUGGUGGGUUGACCAUUGCAGCUUUGGGUUUCGUGAUUGGUAUGUUCUUUUUGCGCAGAGUUUCUAGAAAAAAGAAGGAAGACGACCCUCUGGGCAACAAAUGGGCGAGGAGUAUCAAGGGCGCAAAACGCUUCAAGCUUUCGAUGUUUGAGAAUACAGUUACAAAAAUGAAUCUAGGCGAUCUUAUGAAGGCCACAAACAACUUCAGCAAUGAGAAUAUAAUUGGGUCGAGGCGAACUGGGACAACGUACAAGGCAACACUUGAAGGUGGGACAUCUUUUAUGGUAAAGAGAUUGCAGGACACUCAACAUUCGGAGAAAGAAUUCAUGUCCGAGAUGGCUACUUUAGGAAAUAUAAAACACCGCAACUUGGUUCCUCUUCUAGGUUUUUGUGUAGCUAAGAAGGAGCGCCUCUUAGUUUAUACAUACAUGCCUAAUGGAGCUCUACACGAUAAAAUACACACGGGCGAUGAUGGUAAAGUUAUGGACUGGCCUCUGCGGCUGAAAGUUGGGAUCAGGGCAGCAAAAGGGUUCGCGUGGCUUCACCACAGUUGCAAUCCACGUAUCAUCCAUAGAAAUAUCAGUUCGAAAUGCAUUUUGUUGGAUGCAGAUUACGAACCAAAAAUAUCCGAUUUCGGACUUGCGAGGCUCAUGAAUCCGGUUGAUACUCAUUUGAGCACUUUUGUGAAUGGUGAAUUCGGGGACUUGGGUUAUGUUGCACCUGAAUAUGCUCGAACACUGGUGGCCACGCCAAAAGGGGAUGUCUACAGUUUUGGCGUCGUUCUUCUGGAGCUGGUGACAGGCGAGAGACCUACACAUGUAGCUAAAGCACCGGAAAGCUUCAAGGGAAGCCUAGUGGAGUGGAUAUCGGAGCUCUCGGACGCCUCCAAGCUUCACGAUGCAAUUGACACGUCCUUGGUCGGGAAAGGCCACGACAGCGAGCUGUUCCAGUUUCUGAAGGUUGCUUGUAGUUGUGUGCUGCCGGGGCACAAGGAGCGGCCCACCAUGUUUGAGGUGUACCAGCUCCUCAGAGCUAUUGGGCAGCGCUAUGAUUUCACUACAGAUGAUGAUUUGUUGAUGCUGCAAGAUCCAGCAGCGGCGGCUGCUGCUGACAACGUCGUUGAACUCAUUGUUGCUCGAGACAAGUAGUAGCACAUCUACCAGCAAAAGCCCAGAUGGUGAGUGUGUGUAAUUAUGUGGUGUUUCAAUAAUAUUUGUGUGCUUAAUUUUAGAUAGGUGUUCGUAGAGUUCUCGAAUCAAGAUGAUGAGAUUUUUUGUGCCAAUGGAUUCAUGAUGCUGAUAUAAUACGUUUGUAAUUAAGUGGUGUUUUAAUCA